AUGGCUUCCGAUACAGAGUCUGGGGGCCAGCGACCAAUGCUGGCCUCUCAACGCAAAGACACGCCCUCCGAGGCCACAAGAACUGCAGGGAAGCCUGCCUACUUCCCCCUAGGCUACAAGGAGGGCUUCAGUCAAUGGUGGGCUGGUCUCUCUCCUGCCAUUACCGAACACCGCGUUCUCUCCUUCAUCCCAUAUCUCCAGAAGCCUCCGACGCAUACUCAAACUGGUUCAGCCCCUGCCUCGACUAACGUCUCGACUCAAGACGUCUCCAAGACUGAAGCCCGCCAAGCUGACCCUGUCACUACCUCCGCGCUCAAUGAUCCCUACGGCCCUCGCAAAUGGAACUCGGAUCUGGUCGAGCUGUCGGGAAAGAGCCGCUUCUUGAACGAGUUUUCUGUUGAGAGAAUUGGCGAGCAUGUCGACAACAAUCUUGUCAUGAUCCAUGGCUACGGUGCUGGUCUCGGUUUCUUUUACCGCAACUUCGAGAGCCUGUCCAGAUUGCCUGGCUGGAAGCUGUACGCUCUGGACAUGCUGGGUAUGGGUCGCUCGUCCCGACCGCCUUUCAAGAUCCAUGCCAAAGACCGUCAGGGAAAGAUCGAAGAAGCCGAGAGCUGGUUCAUUGACGCUCUGGAAGAGUGGCGCAUCAAAAAGGGCAUCGAUCGCUUUACUUUGCUUGGUCACAGCAUGGGCGGCUACAUGGCUGUCGCAUACGCUCUCAAGUACCCUGGCCACCUCAACAAGCUCAUCCUGGCCUCACCUGUUGGCAUUCCUGAAGACCCCUACGCCGUCAAUGCCGAUCUGCCCGAGCCCGAAGACUCGACUAUGGUCAACGAGUUCACUCAAGAUCAAGAAAACUCUGCCAAUGGCACAAAUCCUGACAUCCCAGCCUCAGCAAAGACCGGAGACAACAACAACUUCAUGAACGCCAAAGCGAAAAGAGACGCUGCCAACAACAGCGGCAAGCCACCAAGGAAACCUCUACCAAAGUGGCUCUCCACUCUCUGGGACGCAAACAUCUCGCCCUUCUCCUUUGUCCGUUGGUCCGGUCCCCUUGGCCCUCGUCUAGUAUCAGGUUGGACGAGUCGCCGCUUCAGCCAUCUCCCAGCCGACGAAUCCCAAGCUCUGCACGACUACAGCUACUCCCUCUUCCGCCAACGUGGAUCUGGUGAAUACGCACUCGCCUACAUCCUCGCCCCUGGCGCCUUUGCCCGCAGCCCCCUGAUUCGCCGCAUCCAAGGCGUAGGUCGCCAAUGGAUCUCAGAACCCCAUUCUGCACCUGUGCCCGACAACACCUCCUCUGCCCCCAAUGGUCUCUCCAAGGUUCGCGAAACCGGUAUUCCUGUGGUACUCAUGUAUGGCGAAAACGACUGGAUGGACAAAGACGGUGGGCGGGCGGCAGCAGAAAAGAUUCAGGCCGAAAAGCAAAAAGCUUUGGCCACUGCUACUGCAGAGGAAAAGAAGACUGAGAAUGGAGAUGCCAAGGUGGUGAUUAUUCGCAAGGCUGGUCACCACGUUUAUCUCGAUGGCGCGGACCACUUCAACGAUGUCAUGGACGAGGAGAUGAAGGAUGUCGAGACUAGAGAGAAGAGGCUAGGGUUCAUGAAGUAA